AUGGCGUCCAUCUUACUGAGGAGCUGCCGCGGCCGGGCCCCCGCCCGCCUCCCGCCGGCCUGCGCCGCCGCGCCCAGGGGCCGUCAGGGGGACCGCGCCUGUCUCACUUGUACCGCCACCUCAGGACUGCUGAGCCGAGUGCGUGUCAAGUGCGGAUGCUGUCCUGCCCACCCGAUCUACGUCGCCCUCGGAAGUGACCGGUUCAGCUGUUGGACCCUCAGGCCGGAGCACACGCGAGCAGGGCUGAGGGCGCCAUGGACCUCCGUCUCCACCAGCCUGGUUUUCUCAGGCCCCAGGUCCCUCCCUGUGCGCUGCUGGCACUCGUCCCCUCCACUGUGGGACGACUCCAUCGUGGAGAAGUCCCUCAAGUCCCUGAAGGACAAGAACAAGAAGCUGGAGGAGGGCGGCCCCGUGUACAGCCCCCCGGUGCAGGUGGCCGUGAAGAAGUCCCUGGGGCAGCGGGUGCUGGACGAGCUGAAGCACUACUACCACGGCUUCCGCCUACUCUGGAUCGACACCAAGAUCGCCGCGCGCAUGCUCUGGCGCAUCCUGCACGGCCACACGCUGACGCGCAGGGAGCGCAGGCAGUUCCUCCGGAUCUGUGCCGACCUCUUCCGACUGGUCCCGUUCCUCGUCUUUGUGAUAGUGCCCUUCAUGGAGUUCCUGCUGCCUGUGGCCGUGAAGCUGUUCCCCAGCAUGCUGCCGUCCACCUUUGAGACCCAGUCCGUCAAGGAGGAGAAAAUGAAGAAGGAACUACGGGUCAAGCUCGAGCUGGCCAAGUUUCUCCAGGACACCAUUGAGGAGAUGGCCUUGAAAAACAAGGCGGCCAAAGGCAGUGCCACCAAGGACUUCUCGGCGUUCUUCCAGAAGAUCCGAGAGACGGGAGAGAGACCAAGCAACGAGGAAAUCUUGCGUUUCUCCAAGCUGUUUGAAGACGAGCUGACCCUGGACAACCUCACGCGGCCGCAGCUGGUGGCGCUGUGCAAGCUGCUGGAGCUGCAGUCCAUCGGCACCAACAACUUCCUGCGUUUCCAGCUGACCAUGCGCCUGCGCUCCAUCAAAGCCGACGACAAGCUGAUUGCUGAGGAGGGGGUGAACAGCCUCACUGUCAAAGAGCUGCAGUCGGCAUGCCGGGCCAGGGGCAUGCGGGCGCUGGGCGUCACCGAGGAACGGCUCAAGGAACAGCUGAAGCAGUGGCUGGACCUGCACCUGAACCAGGAGAUCCCCACCUCGCUGCUGAUCUUGUCGCGGGCUAUGUACCUCCCGGACACCCUGUCCCCCGCUGACCAGCUCAAGUCCACUUUGCAGACCCUGCCAGAGAUCGUGGCGAAGGAGGCUCAGAUGAAGGUGGCCGAGGUGGAGGGUGAGCAGGUGGACAACAAGGCGAAGCUGGAGGCCACGCUGCAGGAGGAGGCGGCCAUCCAGCGGGAGCAUAAGGAGAUGGAGCUGCAGAAGCUCACGGAGGCCGCGAAAGACGUGGAGGCGGAGGUGGUGGCAGGUGUGCCCCCUGGUCAGGCCGUGGUGGAGCCGCAGCCCGCAGAGCCUGACAUGAUCUUACCAGAGGAGGUGCUGAAGGACACUGCCCCCGUGCUAGAAGGCACCAAGGGGGAAGAGAUCACCAAGGAGGAGAUCGACGUCCUCAGCGAUGCCUGCUCCAAGCUGACGGAGCAGAAGAAGUCCCUGGUCAAGGAGAAAGAGGAGCUGGAGCUGCUCAAGGAAGACGUCCAGGAUUACAGCCAGGAUUUGCAAGAGAUCAAGAAAGAGCUCUCCAAGACUGGCGCAGACAAGUUAGUGGAGGAGUCUAAAGCCAGCCGAAGGCUGACCAAGAGGGUUCAGCAGAUGAUCGGGCAGAUCGAUGAGAUGAUCACCCAGCUGGAGACAGGGCAGGAGACCGGCAAGCUGAGCCCUGGCCAGGGUGCGCCCGCAGGGGAGAACGUCAUCAGUGUCAGCGAGCUCAUCAGUGCCAUGAAGCAGAUUAAGAACAUUCCAGAAAGCAAGCUGCUGAGCUUGGCCUCAGCGCUGGAUGAGAACAAGGAUGGCAGGAUUGACAUCAAGGACCUGGCCAAGGUGAUCGAGCUGAUUGACAAGGAGGACAUCCACAUCUCCACCAGCCAGGUGGCCGAGAUCAUGACAGUGUUGGAGAAGGAGGAAAAGGUGGAGGAGAAGGAGAAGGCCAAGGAGAAGGCCGAGAAGGAAGCUGCCGAGGUGAAGAACUAG